AGGCGCGGCGGGGCGCGGAGAAGCGCGGGCAGCCAGACCAUGCUGAGGGCCUUGUGCGGCCGGCUCGCCUCAGCGCUGCGGGGGACGCGCGCGCCGCCGUCCGCAGUGGUCCGUCGGUGCCUGCGCGCGUCCGGGGCGCGGCAGUCGGCUGACAAGAGCGAGAGGACGGAGGGGACGGAGGAGCCGGCCCGCGGCUUCGACCCGGCGCUGCUGGAGUUCUUGGUGUGCCCGCUCUCCAAGAAGCCGCUCAGAUAUGAAGCAUCAACAAAUGAAUUGAUUAAUGAAGAGUUGGGAAUAGCCUAUCCAAUUAUUGAUGGGAUUCCUAAUAUGAUACCACAGGCAGCUAGGAUGACACAUCGAAAUAAGAAUCAAGAAGAAAUGGAGCAGCACUAGAUCAUAAUUAA